CUCCCGGCGCCGGGCGGGGCGGGCCCGAGCGCGGCGCGUGACGCGGGGCGGGGCGAGCGCGGACGGCGCUGCCGAGGCCGCGGUUUCCAGGCCGACUCCGAGCUCCGGUGCCGCCGGGGCGCCCGCCCCGCGCGCAGGUCGAGGCCCCGCCGGGGGCCGGGCAGGGGGGCGACAGGCGCGGGAGGGGGCCUGGGGGUCGGGCGCCGCGGCGUUAGCCGAGCCCGCGGACGCUGUCUCGGCCGGGUGGGAUCGGCUGUCUCGGGCGGCGGAGGUUUCCGGACCGGCGGCGGCCGGAGACGGGGGGCGGGGUUUCCGGACCGGCUGGGGGCGGGGCAGGGGGGCCGCGGGGCGGGGCCGGUUGUCCGGGCUGCCGACGCGCUGCGCUCAUCCCGCACCCCCCUCGCGGCGGUGCUCGGGCCGGGGGACGACCUGGGACAUCCUGGCACCCCCAGGCUCACGCGUCACUGCUGCUUUCCAGAAAUGGGCGUAGUAACAGUGCCUCGAGGGAGUUUUUGGGGGGGGGGGUCCACGGAGAAAAGGCCAGUGCGUGACUCCGGCCCGGGCCCGUGGGAAGCCCAGCCGGUGCGAGGUGGCUCUUUAGGCCUGGAGGGGACCUUUCCACCACGGAAUGCCUGGCGAGGGCCUUCACCCUCUGCCCCACCCCUGGACAGUCAGAGGCCUACUGUAUCCUGGAAGGAUGCUCAUAUGUUCCUGUCUAACCUCUCAUUUCACAAAAAAGGCCAGUGUGUGCACCGCUCCCCAGCCAUGGCCCUGGCCAGCAUCAACGAGCUGCCCGAGAAUAUCCUGCUGGAGGUAUUCACACACGUGCCGGCCCGCCAGCUGCUGCUCAGCUGCCGCCCCGUCUGCAGCCUCUGGCGAGACCUCGUUGAUGUCUCGACCCUCUGGAAACGCAAGAGUCUGCUGAAGGGUUUCAUCACUGAGGACUGGGACCAGCCCGUGGCCGACUGGAAGAUCUUCUUCUUUCUGUGCAGUCUCCGCAGGAACCUCCUGCGCAACCCGUGUGCUGAAGAGGGUAUGGCAUCGUGGCAAAUCAUCUCCAACGGGGGAGACCACUGGAGGGUAGAGAGCCUCCCUGGAGCGCAUGGGACAGACUUUCCAGACUCCAGAGUCAAGAAGUAUUUUGUCACGUCCUAUGACCUGUGCCUCAAGUCCCAGCUGGUGGACCUCAAAGCCGAGGGCUACUGGGAGGAGCUGCUGGACACGUUCCGGCCCGACAUCGUGGUUAAGGACUGGUUCGCCGCCAGAGCAGACUGUGGCUGCACCUACCGCAUCGGAGUACACCUGACUUCGGCCGACUACCUCACCUUGGCCUCCUUCGAGCCCCCGCCUGUGACCAUUGAGCAGUGGAACGAUGCCAGGUGGACAGAGGUCUCCCACACCUUCUCAGACUACCCUCCAGGUGUCCGCCACAUCCUUUUCCAGCACGGGGGCCAGGACACCCAGUUCUGGGCAGGCUGGUACGGGCCCCGUGUCACCAACAGCAGCAUCAUCAUCAGCCAUAAGAUGACUCGGACCCCGGCCCCCUCCACGGCUCAGCUGGAGGCCACGCAGGGGUAGGAGGAGGCUGCCCACUCGCCUGCCCCACUGGAUCUCCACAAGCCCUUCUGACAGUCUGUCAUCUGACAGCCAUUCAUCCAUCCUUAGGCCAGGCCAGCCGAGUGCAGAAGCUCCCCUCCAGGCAAGAGCUGAGCAUGUUGUGGGCAGUGAGGCCCCUGCCCCGGGAGCUCCUGCCCUAGUUCCAACCUUAGGCAAACCCACCAGUGUGUGGUAACUUACUGUCGUGUAGCUCUGACAUUUUGUCACAAGAAAUGUUUUCAGUAAAACCAGCCUGGGGCUGCGCUGGGGGGGGGGAGGGGGGGGUCUGGGGGUCUUUGGCACUUCGGUAGAGAAGCAGCCCUCCCUCUCCAAUUACUGACAACCUAGCUCAGCCCUUGGGGCCCUUUUAUUGAAACAACUCACAGCACAGUACUUGGGACAGACAGAGUUGGCCGGCCAAACGCCAGGAGGCUGAGGAAUUGUGGUCCCACACCUUCCCUGCCCUCCUGGGGAGAAUCCCUCAGUGAAGGCAACCAGACCUGAGCAGCCCCGGGCUGGAGCGGGGCGGUCCACACACAGGCAGUAAGAGCACUUGCAGUCAGGGUGGCCCUGCAGCGCUGCCCUGGGCCGGGGCCCCUAACAUCUGACAGUCGUGGCAUCCAUGGGCGGCAGGCACACCCUCAGCUGCUUUUAUGAGCCCGCUCUUCCACGUAGAGCUGCAUCUGAUGGACAGGAACAAACAGCCAUGGUCAGACAGACAGCUCGGGCAUCUACUCUGGAGGGCCCUCGAGCCCCUGGCAGGCAGAUCACCACCGAGGGUCGGGCUGUGUGGCCACAGCCAGGGGCUAAGGGAAAGGGGGAAUCGGCAAGGGGCUUACAGUAGGCAUUCCUGGUCCUCUGCCGCAAGCCUUGAUACACAAGUCCUUGGGCAAGGCCUCAAACCCUAAAUAAAGCUUAACCUGGACCCCAUGCAGCUCACCUUUAAAA